AUGGUUAUUUUAAACAUGUUAAAAGCAACAAUUAUUGUCGGAUGCGUAGUAUUAAUUGUAUUUUCUAUUAUGUUAAUAACACAAACAAAUAGGGAACAAAAUGAAUUUGACAAAUUCAUAAAUACCUACAACAAGAGUUAUGUAAACGAAACGGAACGGAGUAUUAGAUUUCAAAGAUUUCAGGUAAGAAAUAUGCUUGCUUAAUAUAAUUUUUUAUAGUAUUAAUAAUAUGUAAAUAGGUAACCAUUAUAUAUUUUCAUAAUUUAUAAGGUUACGAAAAAAAAAUCCUAUACUUUUUAUACCGGUUUUGCAUAUGUUUUGAAUUUAUAAAUUUAUAAAAUUAUUGCAUUUAUCAUUUUUGUUAUAACGUCAAGUUUUAAUAUUUUUAAGUCUAGAAUAUAAAAUAUUUUAGAAAAUUAAUAUAUUAACAAAUAAGUUUAGGUGUGCCUACCUAGUAUUUUCGACCAAUAUGUUCUUGUUGAACUUAUAGAACGUAAACGUGUUUACUUACAAACGUGUACACAAUUCUACAAAAAUAUCAAAAAAAUGUUGAACCCUAUUUGAUCUUCCUAGGACAAUUAUUAUUCUUAUGCCCUUUUGUAAAAAGAUAAAGUUUCUUAUUUAAAAUACACUAGUUUUUCCAUUUCUUCUUAAUUUUGUUUACAUUUAAGAUACAUAGUUAACAAAAGAUGUUUACUUGUAUAGAAAUUAUCGAGGUUUAGGGACUUUUAAAGGGGGCGGGGAAGUUUAUCGGGCAUUUCAUUUUACUUUCUUAAUGAUUGUUAUUAAUUUUUUCUUAGUUUCCUAAAAUGUCUUUAAAAAUCCGAAAAUCGAUGAUUUUUUUACUGGUUUUCCAGUAGUAACAGCAAAAGCAUCAAAUCAUGUCCUCUAAUUUUUGAAAAAAUUUCAUUAUCAAGCAAAUAAAUUGAAAAUAUCAAAAACUGCUACACAAAAGUUUAGAUAUCAUUUAUGGUACCUCAGCCCAGUAAUUUUUUUUCGAUUUAUGUUAGAAGGCGUCAAAACAAAUUUACGUAGUCAUCAACUAAAUAAGAACUACUUAAAUGUACUCGCAUGAACCUAUAAUUAUUUUUCUUUCAGAAAUCAUUAGAAACCAUUAAAUUACUAAGACAACGUUGUAAUGGAUGCACUAAUUAUGGAAUUACACAGUUCUCGGAUUUAUCUCCUGAAGAAUUUGCUAAAACGCAUCUCACACCUAUCACAAUGAGGAUAUCGAGUACAGAAACGUUUAGAAUGUCGAGGUCUAAAAGAUCUAUCACAACAGUUGCGUUAUCUAGCAUUGACUGGUAUUAUAGUAUAACAUUUAUAUACUAUUUUUAACUGAUAAUAUAGAUAUACCAAGUAAUAUUUAAGAUUUGAAAAUUAUUUUUUAAUACAUUUUAUAAUUCUUUAAAAUUAAUUUUUUGCAUAUUUUAUAAUUUUAUAAUUUUUUUUUGGUCAAGGAGGGAUAAAGGAGCAAUAACUCCUGUUCGUAAUCAAAAAAAUUGCGGAGCUUGUUGGGCAAUAAGUGCGGUGGAAAUAAUAGAAUCAGCUUAUGCUAUUAAAACAGGGUCGUUGCAAACAUUAAGUGUACAAGAAGUAAGUAAUUUAUAUAAUUGAUUGUGUAAUUUAGUUGUUAUAAAUAAUACAGUUUUAUCAAGGGCGCACCAAUUAUUCUUUAAGGGGGGGGAGCAAAUGGUGAUUCAGUCUUAUUUCUUUACCAUUUGUCCAAAAAUAAUCACAGUUGAUGAUUUUUCGGCAGACCCAUGCGUAAGACAGUUUGGGGGGGUCACACCCUAAAUUACUUUUUUAUUGCAUCUUUAUAGUUAUUAGUUUUAUCAAAUUAAAAGUAAGUUUAAUUCUGAAGUAUAAAAGUGAUUGAAGAAUUUUUGUUCUUCAGUGGUGCCGAAGCAGUAGUAAAAUAGUCGGGCAAACUUUCCAAAAUAGGUAAUACAAACCACCACUUACCUAAAAAAAAUUUUCACGAACUCAUAGGUGGCUUUGCUCCCCAUAUCCCUACCACUCCUUGAUUUUCUUUUAUUUACAACAACAUCAAAUUUUUAUAAAUUUUUAGAUUCUGAGUGGAGUGAAGAAGCUUAUAAUUUUACAUAGAUGUUAAUUUAUUUUUUUUUUUUCUAUGGACAACUUUUCUGAAAUGAAAUCGGCGUGGGGAGAUAUCUUAAAGUGGCAAUUUUUCGAUUUUUCUAAGAGUUUUCUUAUCAAAUAUGAAAAACCGAAAAAAACGGGAAAAUAUACGAAAUAUAUUUGUUAUAAUAUUACAAUUUUUUUUUCUGUAGACAUCUUUUCUACUAGCGAUUUUGCUCUAACUUUUAAUGAUAAGAAUUUUUCUGAAAGGAAAUUUCACUGAAGAGAUACUUUAGAGAGGUCGUUUUUGGAUUUUCUCCGGCGUAUAUUCUGUUGACAAAUUAUCAUUAUUCAACUGAAGUCCGCUCAGAAUCGUUUUUUCGUAAGCAAUGGUUUAUCAUUGUUCAAAGAUAUACAUUAAAUUAUAUAUAAUAGUAGCUGCACUCGUCCUAGGAUGUCGUUUUUUUUUAUAAUUUAUUUAAAUAUAUUAUAAAAAAUAAUAAAAUACAUUAAUCGUACUGUGGUAACGUACGACACGACGUGUGGUAAUAUAUAGCAGUAAUAAUUAAUAACAUAAUUUCACAAAUUAGUAUAAUUAAUAGUACAAUAAUAAACUAUACUUAGUAUAGUAAAAUAUUUGAUAUAAACAAACCAAAAAAAGACGGACAUACUUCGCAUGUGGGUGGACCACUGUUGCAGGUGAGAAGUUUAAAAGGUACAUUCAAUGUAUAUCUGUAUGCAACGAUUAAUCAUUGAUAACGAAAAACGAUUCUGAGUGGAGUUCAGUUAGUAGUGCUGCUUUGUCAAUAAUAUACAUGUCACAUUGUGGUAAACUAAUAAUAUAUUAUGCAUUAUAUAUUUUUUUAAUAGGUCAAAUUUGUUUAAUAUUAUAUUAAUUUUCCGGUUUUCUCAUUUAUUUUGAAACCACUCGGGAAAAUCUAAAAAUUACCUCCUAAAGUAAAAAAAAAGUAAUAUUUUUUUACUAAUAUCCACAUUUCGUACAUUUUCUAUUUUUUGUUUUUUUAAAUAAUUGGGAAAACUCCUAGGAGAAUCAAUCAAUGACCUUCCUAAAGAACUACAUAGAUACAAUUUCCUUUCAGAAGAGAUGCAACACUUGAUACAUCAGAGAAAGAUUUCUGAUAGAAAAGUUUGCAUAAUACAAGACGACGGGUAUUUUUCAAUUAAAAUAGUCCGAGCAAGCGAUGGCUUGGUCUCUAGGUACAUCUAAACACCUAAAAUGCCUUUGUAUUUUCUCUAUUUAGGUAAAAGGAAAAAACAAAUACAUUUGUCAUAACACGAGUUUGAACUCGCGAUCUUUAGAAUGACAAUAGAUAGGUAGUACCACUAGACUACAACAAACAUAAUUUAAAAUUGAUAAUAAAGAGUUAUUUAACAUAGCAUAUAAUAUUCGCAUAAUAUCAGAACUUUAAAAAGCUAUAAUUUUGAAACUAAGAUCGCUUAAUUCGAUCUUCACCAUCAUUGUUAAAUCAGCAUUAUACAUAUGUUUAAAAUAAAGGAUUGAAAAAUUAGAUUUGUUCCACAUAAUUUUUUUUUUUCAAAUGAUUUUUCUCAAUUGAUAUUAAAAUUUCUUUAUAAAAAAAAACACUAAAAUAAGCUUAAUUUUUUUUUUUUACCAUAAAGUAAGACUUAAGAACCUACUGUUAAAUGUUCUAGAAUUUUUGUUGAGUCUUAAUAGUUUUACCACAGAGUGCCUACUGAAUAAAAAUUAAGUACAAAACUAGUAAAAUUUGAAUGUCCAUAAAUAGCUCAAAAAUAGCUUAAAUUUUUUGAAAAUUGUAUCACGUCUAGAAAACCUAAAUAUAAGUUUUUUGUCCAAAUUUCAAGUCUCUAUGAAUAUUUUAAACUGAAUUACAACAAAUUAUAAAAUUGAACAAAUAAUACAAGCAUUAUUUUUGUAAAUUUCCGGUUUUUAUUACAUUUUAUCCUGGUUUUUCUCAGAUAUUAUAAAAACCGAUAGAAAAAUUAAAAAAUUACCUCCUAAAUGUACCAUCUGGACAAUGUUUCCUUUCAGAAUGGUACCGCACGUAUAUAUCGGAGCAACAUUUCUGGUAGAAUUUUUGUCUACAGUAUAAAAAAAGAAAAAAAACAACUUCAUUACAUUCAGAAUCUAAUAAUAUUAGAAAUUUAAUAUAUUAAUUUUAGAUACAGAGCGAAGUAAGAGAUUUAUUAGUUUAAGUAUGAUGUGUGUGUGUUUUUAUUUUUUGUCUGUAAACCACUUGUCGAAAAUAAAUCUUGUUUCGCGAUGUAUAGAAUGUAUCACCUUUUCUAAAAGUAAAUUCUAUCAGGAUGGUGAAUUAAAGAGGUUCCUUCUAACUGUUCCUUAUAUUCUAAAAAAGCUAAUUGAAUUACUUGAUUAUUACGUUAUGAAACAAUAAUAUGUUCAUAAAAAGUAUUGUAUAAUAUUAUCUGAAACCACUUAAGUGGCUACUACCACUACCAUCACCACCCCAAAAAUUUGGUGAAUAGGUCUCCUCUAUAUCCUACCUUUCCAACUUCACAUGAACACCAAUGACUCACCCAUCGUGCGAAGUAUGUAUGUCUUUUUUAAAUAUAUUUUUUGAUCGUACCUGUAUAUUUUAUAUAAUAGAUGUUAGAUUGUUCGGGAGGAAUAAACCAGGGAUGUAUCGGCGGCAGUACAGUAUCUUUACUUUUGUGGUUGGUGGAAAAUAACAUUACUGUGUUGAACGAAGAAAAUUAUCCAACCGUUUAUGAAGAUCAAUUAUGUACCCUUCAUCAGUACGAUGCGUUACACUAUACAUUUUAUUAUUUAAAAGGACCCAUCCAAAUUAAUAAUUGGCUCAUGUGUUUGUUUACAGGACUCCCAAUGAAGCAGGAGUGAAAGUAAAAUCAUUUUUAACUCUUAAGUAAGUUAAAUAAAUAAGCAAAAUAAAUCACGAUUAAAUUGAUAACUUCGGUAUGUAUAAUAUGUUUCUGUGGGAGGAGAUCAGAAUAAUCUCAUGGUAACUCUACUUGUAGAAUGAGACGACAAAUGAGGUAAACUCAGGUCAACAGCCAGUGUAUAAUUCUGUCAAAUUGUAUGAGAAAUAUAUAUUUUUUAAUAUUAAAUAUUGUAUGUAAAAUAGACUUUAGCGGAAGGUUUUAUCUUGGAUGUGUGUGUGUGGACAAAUCAGAUGAAAAAAAGUUAGUAGUGUUUGAGAGAAAUAUAUUGAGCAAGAUAUUUGGCCAAAAAAGAGAAACAAUAAAGGAUAUUAUGAAAUACGAAGCAAUAAAGACUUAAAAGAACUAUAUAACAAACCCAAAAUUGUUGGAACCUUGAAAAGCGUGUGAAUAGGUUGGGCCGGAUAUAUAUGGAGAUAAAAAGGACUAAUUGGACAAAUAACUGCAUGGAAACAAACGCAAAGAGACCUAGAAGACGACCCAGACAAAUAUGGGCAGACAAAAUAAAAGAAGACCUAAGACAUGAAGAUAUUAGGAGUAAGGAAAGUAGAAGCAAAAGACAGAGACAAUGGGCCUGAAAGGCCUGUAAAAAGCCAAAGAAGAAGAAAAAGGGCGUGUAGACAGGAGGUACCGUUAUGAUGCAUGAUGUUUACAGAUGAUUGCUUGAUAGGAGUAAAUUUGGAAUUAGUUAAUAAUAUACUUGAGGAAUGGAGAGUAUCACUCUCCAUGGAAAGGGAUUAAGGAUACGCAUUAAAAAUAUAGAGUAUGAGUUUGGAGGAACAGGACAAGUCAGCUAACGAAAAUAAGCUGCGAUAGGUGAGGUUGAGAGUUUUAAGUACCUAGAAUCUAUUGUACAAAAAAGCGGUAGUUCUUAUGAGAAUGUGAAACAUAAGAUUAAGUGCAGAUAGAUAAAGUGGAGAGAAGAUUCAAGUGUUUUACGUGAUAAGAGAAUUCUAAUGAGGCUUAAAGUUAUGUUUUACAAAAGUGCGGCGUGUCUGACUAUGUUGUAUGGGUGGGUGGUAUACAGUAAAAUAGAAUAAAAAAUAUGAGUGUAUUAGAGGUAUUAAUGCUUAGGUGGAUAAGUCACAAGUUCGAUGUAGACAAAUUAUAGAAAUGAGACUAAGAUGGUUUGGGCAUGCCGUGAGGUAAGAGGAAUCAAAAGUAUUAAGAAUGAUAAUGAAAAUAAAUAUAGGAGGAAAAAGAGGAUAAUGAAAGCCGAAAAUGAGAUCGAUGGUGGAUGCGAUUGAAAAUAAAUGAAGACAAUGUAUGUGAGGUGGGAGAUCGGGUCAAGUGGAAGUUUAUGCAUGUGUGGCCGACCCAAAAUAGUCGUGAUGAAGGUGAAGAAGAAGAAGAAGAUAUAUAAAUAUGUAAUAUAAUGGUAUAUUGAUGGUAUGUGACAUAUUACAAGUAAAUUUUAUAUUAUUUUAGUUUCAUGAGCCGUGAACAAAUGUUGCUAUCGUAUUUAUCGAAGAGUCCAGUUUCCGCAGUUGUUAACGCGUUGCCUUGGCAAUUUUAUGUCGGUGGUAUACUUAGUCAGUGCGAUAAUAGCAUGAAAUCGUUAAAUCACGCUGCUGAAAUAGUCGGAUAUAAACUCGGAGAAAAUCCAUAUUAUAUCUUGAAAAAUUCUUGGGGGACAAACUUCGGAAAUGACGGAUAUGUAUACGUAGCUAUAGGGAACAACGAAUGCGGUAAAUAAAAUAAAUAAAUAAAAUAAUUUGUUACCUCGUUAAUUAAUUUUGUUAUCUAUCUGAACCUAUCUGAUUUACAAUGAUAGCACUUUUUCUGAAAGGAAAUCUGAUUGGGAAAGUACUGUAGGGAGGUUAUUUUUCUAUUUUCCUAAGAGUUUUCUCAGCAAAUUUGAAAAAUUAGGAAUAACCAUGAGAAAAUCGUAAGAAAAACGGGAAAAUCAGAUUAAUAUUAAACAAAUAUUAUUAAAAAAAAUAUAUAAUGCCUAUUUAAUUAUUUAAUAUUUUACCAUAAUAUAACAUAUUGUUGACAAAGCAUCACUAUUAACUGAACUCUGCUCAGAAUCAUUUUUCGUAAACUUUAGUUUAUUGUUCAUUACAGAUAUACGUUUAAUUCCUUUCUAUAUCCUAACUUCUCAACUUUCCACCUACAACAGUGGCUGCACCCACGUGCAAAGUGUGUCCGUCUCUUUUUAUUACACAUUACGUAUUUAUCUAUACAGAUAAUACUUAUUGAUUGAUUUAUUGUUUUAUCAUUUAUUAGUUAUUACAUUCUAAUUUUUGUUUUAUUUAUAUAAUUUUGAUAGUUGAUAAAGUCCCGUAUUGUCAAUAGCACAUUUAUUCGCCAGCUAUUCGUUGAAUAAACUUAUUCAGCGAAUUAAAGUCCGUCGCCCAUUAAUGCAGUACAGCGUAAUUAUUAUAAAUAAUAAUAACAAAUAAUACCGUCUAUUAUAUUAAUAUUAUCAUUAGUGAUGAGGACUAUCAAAUAGUUUACACAAUUGAAUAGUAUUCGAUAGUGAUUAUAGUAAUUAUAAGUUGGAGCGAGCAAAAUUUCUGGUAGAUAAGUUGUCCACAAAAAAAAAUCCUAAUAUUUUACUAAUAUGUUUCGUAUAUUUUAUAUACACAUUUCCGUAUUUUUGGUUUUUCACAUUUGAUGAGAAAACUCUUGAGAAAAUUGAAAAAAAAAAAUCUCCUUAAAGUACCUCCCCACACAGAUUUUCUUUCAGAAAAAGUGCUACACAUAAAAAUUGGAGCAAGAUCUAUGGUAGAAAAAUUGUCUACAGAAAAAAAAAACACAUCUUUGUAAACCUAUAAGCUUCUUUGCUCCACUCAGAAUAUAAAAGUUUUAAAUUUUUUUAGACUAAUAAGUAAAGUUAUAUUAUUGUUGUUAACAUUUUCGUUUUAUAAAAAAGUUUAAACAAAUAUACUGAUUACGGUAGUCUGUAAUAGUGGUGAUAUCAAAAAUAGCGAUGGAAAAAAUGAACACAGAUUCAUUUUGGGCUGAGUUCCAGGAGCAAAAUAUGGCCAAAUAUAAAAUUAAUCAGAGAAAAAACGACUAAAAUAAAAAUCAACAGAUGAAAAACGGAAAAAUAUUUUCCAUUCGAUUUGGCCAUUUAUUGCCUACCAUCAGUGGUGUAUUUUCAAUUUUUUUUUUUUGGGGCGGGGUCCAUAGCUUAAAUAAGUUACGUUUAAACUAUGGUAGCUUAUUACAGUUACGUCCCUAAAUAAUUUUUGGUGGGAGUUUAAUUAAAUUUAUACUCAUUAUACUCGUAUGUAAUAGUUUAUAUUAUAUUAUCGCUUUAUAAUAAAAUAUAAUUGUAUAAAAUAAAUUCCAGUAGUUUCGAGUUUUUUGCUAAUUCAUCUAUCACUUCAUCAACAGUUAUUUUAACUUCUCUAUGAAUGUUUAACAUUUUAAUAUAUUUGCAUUUUCUUCAACAAAAACUGUAAAACAUUUUGCUUUAUUUACUCUGCCUACUAUUUUAUAAGUAAAAUUAAAUUGCACUAUAUCUAUGAAAUGAUCCGCAUUAAAGACGUAUUGUUUAUGAUAAUUAAGUUUCACGUGAUUUUUAAACGUUUCCAUUGCAUGUUUCCAUGUAUGAAAAGGUUUUCUAACCAAACCGUCUAGUGUUUCAGAAUUUAUGCAAGCCCCUGAUUUAGCAAAUGCUACACAAAAUGUACAAAAUACACCAUUUAGUUUUGAAGAAUCCGCUAACCACGGAAAAGUAUGCAACCAUCUGUAUUGAAAUUUUAACCAUUUGAAUCGUUUAUUGGUAUUUAUUAUUACUACCAUAAUAAUAUGUUUAAAGUACUGUAGGCAAUUAAAAAUAUAAUUUCUCGUAGUUAUAUACUCAGAGUACUCCUCUAAUAGGAGAACAUAUUUCUACGGACAAAUUUACCAAUUUUUUCAUUGUCAUUUUUAUUUCUGGCCAGUUUAUUAUAUGGCCAUUUUAACCUGGUUAUUUACUCACUUGUUAUAAAUUGUAUCGCAUGUUUGAAGGAUGAUGAAUUUUUUCGUUGUGGUAUAAAAGUAUUAUGUGUUAUUUCAUCGAAUUAUAGUCAUUAUCAAAACUCGGAAGUAUAUGUAGGCAAUUCUCCCGUAUAAAUAUAACCGAAAUUAGACGAAGCAAUUUUUGAUUCAAUCGGACAACUAUUUUUUACUAGUAUUUUUCUAUUCAAAAUACUAUUUAAGAGUAAAAUUAUACCAUUAUUAUUUUCAGGGAUUGGAUGGGAAGUUGAUGUGGUCACUGAUGUCGUGUAGAGCUUUUUAUCAGUCGUGGUUGCACGGAUAUUAUGUUACUCUUGCGUGACACUAUAAUAUAGUUAGAUAAUAUUAUUAGAUCAUUGUUCGUUUUGUUAUUUUUAAAUUGGAAUAAUUUUAUUAAAUUAAAAUAAAUACGUG